AUGGCUACUGCUAUUGAAAGCGAACAUUACAAUCACAUAGGAAGGUCUUUGUAUGACAAAUCCGGUGUUUAUGAUGAUGAACUACUUCGUUGGAUAGCUGAAGCCGAAUAUUUAGGGGUAUCUAGGGAAACUGCGAUACUGGUUGCUACUAAGCGUCGUGCUUUAUCUCUAAAUAAAGCUGCUGCAAGUUUAGAUAAUUUGCAGUGUACUUCAUGCACUGAGAAUAUUUCUAAUGUCUCUAAUCUUCAUAUGGAGAUCCAGGCAGUUCCUACUGUCUCAACAAUGGCAACAACUACUGUUGCAUUAAAUAAUGGAUCUUCUCCAAUGGGUAUUCCAGAGGACAUUAAGAAGAAGAGACGUAAUCGUAGAAGGCGAAAGAAUAAAUUAAUAUCAAAUAUUAAUAGUAUAAAUAAUGAAAAGUCUAUCCACUUCUCUGGAAUUACAAAUGAUAUUAACCAUUCUAUAGUAAAUACAGGAAAUAAUGGGAUAACCAUGAAUUUUAGUGAUGAUAACAGCAGUGUUGACACUACAAUGGGGAUUGUUAAUGCUGGCUGUGAAACUGAGAAGAUGAAUCAUUUAUGUAGCUUAGAUGCAGCUGUUGCUGCUCAAAGUUUUAAUCCUUUCUUAACUAUUAAUUCAGUUAGACAAAGAAGAAAGAGGCGUGUUUGUAAAAAUCAAAAACCUUCUGUUAUUAAUAUACAGGAUUCACAUCAACAUUUAAGUAAUACUAACAGUAUUUCUGAUGUCAGUAAUAAUUUCCCUGUUACAUCAUCACCUUGUGUUAAACGAAAUUUCCGCCGACGAUUUAGGAAAAAUAAAUUUCACAAUCUCACCUCUACUACUACUACAUCACCUGAAAUAAAACCUAUACAAAGGCGUGGUGGAAGACGAUACAAUUAUGAUAGGGGUAGAAGGAGGCCUGGGAAGAGUGAUGUAGUUAAUCAUGUUAGAGAACAAUUACGUUUAACAUAUGAAGCUAGAGGAUUAGAUAUGUAG